AUGGUCGCAAUCUAUUCGCGACAUCACGACGGUCAUCGUCAUCGCGACGAUGUUGACGCUGGUUAUGGCGAUCGAGUCGCGGCUGGCGACCGACUUUUCGAUGAGGACCGAGUCUUUGAUGGCGGUUGGUCUGCUGUGACGACGUCAGACGACGCGCGGUUCCCCACGUCGUCGAGUCACCGCCGAAUGCGGCUUCAUCCACCAGUGAACCCCGAGUUCCACUCUCGCCGCGAGGAGGAUUGUCCUUCCUCGUACAAUGCGCUUCCCCCCACACUACCCUUCCCCCCAGGCUGCGCUUUCCCCCACGCUGUCCUCCCCCACGCCGUCCUCCCCGCUGCCCUCCCCAACCCCUCACCCCCCCCAGCCGUGACUCUAGCAGUGGGUGAGAUCAACCUGUCCAAGUCGCUGCUGCCAAACCACACGCUGCUGCUCGCGCCGCUCAACUACACCACGCAGCCCGUUGCAGGGCAGAUGGCAGCUAGCCUCAAUGGAUUCUCUACCCGUGGCGGUGGUGGGACCGCACAACUCGGACCCUUCGCCUCUCCCGCACGCAACUCGGACCAGGCCGCGCUGCCCAUACAACCCUUUCUCCCCACCUUCUUCCAGCCCUCCAGCUGGCGUCAAUGGAUCUCAUGCCCGUGGGGGUGGUGGGGCCGCGCAACUCAGACCAGGCUGCUCUGCCCAAACAACCCCUCACCCGAAUCCCCCUCCCCACUCCUCCCCUCCCCCUCUCCCCCCUUCCCCCUCUCCCCCCUUCCCCCUCUCCCCUUCUCUCCCCCUCCUCCUCUCGCAGCCCUCCAGCUGGCGUCGAUGGAUCCCAUGCCCGUGGCGGUGGUGGGGCCGCGCAACUCAGACCAGGCCGCGCUGGUCAGCCCGCUGGCGGCGUUCGCGCAGAUCCCCUUUGUGUCGCCGUCCGCCACGGACGUGCGGCUGACAGCGGGUGGCGACCGGCCGUACUUCAUGCGAACCAUUCACAACGACGGCAUGGACAUGCGCGCUAUUGCAGAGUUCCUGGCGUUCAACAAGUGGAGCGAGGUGAUCGUCAUUCACAGCGACAACCGCUUUGGCCGCAACGGCAUCGCGUCUCUCAACGGCUACCUCUCCGUACAGGAGCAAUGGAAGGUCAGGAUCGCGACACGUGUGCCGAUCAAGACGACGUGGUCGGUGGCGGAUACCGCAGCAGCGCUGGCAGCAGUGGAGCGGCUGGAUCCGGCGGUCUUUGUGGUGCAUGCCGCUGCUGCCCUCUGCGCUGUCAUCUUCUCUGCUGAUGCAGCUGGUAGGGAAGAACUCGGUGUGGGUGGCAUCGGAGGGGGCGGCGCUGGUCAACUCCACCGUGCUGCAGAACGUCGAGGUGUGUCGAGUCAAACGGGCAUUGGAGGGGGCGGCGCUGGUCAACUCCACCGUGCUGCAGAACGUCAAGGUGCGGUGGCGCCUGGGGUAGGGGCGCCUGGGGUAGGGGCGCCUGGGGUAGGAGCGCCUGGGGUAGGGGCGCCUGGGGUAGGGGCGCCUGGGGUAGGGGCGCCUGGGGUAGGGGCGCCUAGGGUAGGGGCGCCUGGGGUAGGGGCGCCUGGGGUAGGGGCGCCUGGGGUAGGGGCGCCUGGGGUAGGGGCGCCUGGGGUAGGGGCGCCUGGGGGCAUGGUGAUAACCUCAACCUACCUGCCUCCAUCACCGCGCCUCACCUCGUUUCGGGAGAAUUGGGCCAACCUGAACCCCAUCCGCUUCCCCAACGCUAGCAAGGAGGAGCCCAAGUCGUACACACUAGCAGCAUACGACGCCACGUACCUCAUAGCCUGGGGGCUGCACUCCCUGCUCUAUGUCAAUCACAGCACCGCCACCACUGGCAGCACCAGCAGCAGCAGCAGCAGCAGCAGCAGCAGCAGCAGAAGCAGCAGCGGCAGCCUCACACAGUGCAAUGCUGACCCUUCAUCCCCUUCUUACUCACACAUAAAUCGCCCACACCCGCCUCUUUCACCCCCUUCUCACUCUCCUCAUUCGCCCAUACGUCACCCACACCCACCGGUAUCACCCCCUUCUCACCCACUCCCGCCCCAUGCACCCCCACCUCCCAUAUCCUCACCCCUCUGGCCGGGAACGACCCGUGCUGCUGCUGCCGCCGCCGCCACUGCUGCUGGUGCUGCUGCUGCUGCUGCCGCCGCUGCCACUGCUGCUGGUGCUGCUGCUGCUGCUGCCGCUCAAGGCUCUGAUGCUUCCGGUUGCAAUAGUGGCACUGCUUUGACUUCUUCUCCUACUCUGCAAACGGACUACAGGAACGCGGUCAGCAGGAAGCAUGCUCCGCAGCUGCGUGGGCUCAAACGGAGCUUAGUGGGCCCCAUGCUUCGCCAAGCCAUGCUGUCAGCCACUUUCGACGGAGUCAGGGGCAGGAUCACACUCAACUCGCACGGCGACCUGCAGUCCAACGUGACGCGCAUUCUCAACGUGAUCAACGGCACCGCCAUGCCAGUCGGCUUCUGGACCUCCUCCCUGCUCCUCACGCCCUCCCUUGAUCUACCCCCUAUGAACGGCACAUCACGCAUUCUUAACAUCACCUUCCCAGGCAAUACUACCAAGGUGCAUCCUUCCUUCCCUCCGUCCCUCGCUCCUUCCCUCCCUCCCUCCCUCCCUGCCUCCUUCCCUCCCUCCCUCCCUCCCUCCCUCCCUCCCUCCCUCCCUCCCUCCCUCCCUCCCUCCCUCCCUCCCUCCCUCCCUCCCUCCCUCCCUCCCUCCCUCCCUCCCUCCCUCCCUCCCUCCCUCCCUCCCUCCCUCCCUCCCUCCCUCCCUCCCUCCCUCCCUCCCUCCCUCCCUCCCUCCCUCCCUCCUUCCCUUCCCUCCUACCCCUCCUCCUUCACACCCUUCUACCUGUGCUCUGCCUUUCUACAAUUAUCUUUGGAGUUUCCAAACUUCCUUUUUAAUCGAACAUGCCAUCGUUCUCCGGGUUCACACUGGGAUUGUUCCGCCUGGCGCUCAGCAAGCUGCCGCGCCUUUCCGCGGCGCAAGCUGCUGCUAGCCGUGCCUUACAAGAAAGGCUUCCAGCAGUUCGUCAACAUCACCUCCUCUUCCGCCUCCCCACCUACAAACGAGACCGCAUCAUACUCCUUCUCGGGGUUCACCGUGGAGUUGUUCCGCCUGGCAGUCAGCAAGCUGCCGUACAAGGCGGACUAUGAGCUCGUGCCGUUUGUAGGGGACGACGGCGGCGGUGCUGACGCUGCGGUGGGAUACGACGACAUGCUGCAGGCCGUGGCCGAUGAGAAGUUUGACGGGGCCAUUGGCGACAUCUCAGUGACGCAGGCGCGGAGCAAGCUGGUGGAUUUCACACAGCCCUUCAUGGCAUCAGCAGUGAGUGUGAUCGCGUACGUGCCGCCCUCCAGCAGCUGGUGGAUGGCACUCGCGCCCUUCACGCCCUCCAUGUGGGCGGCAUUUCUCGGCAUGACUUUCGCCACGGGGCUCAUCACGGUGUUUCUCGAGUGCCGCCAGAACUGGGAGUUCCAAGGGAAGCUGCACGAGUUGCUGCAGCACGCGCUCUGGUUUGGCUACCUCUCUAUCUUCUCCUUUCUCGAGAAGCCGGUGCGGACAUUGAUUGCGAGGAUCGUGCUGGCGCUCUGGCUGCUGGUGACCUUCGUUGUAGUCACGUCGUUCACAGCCAACAUGACGUCUAUAAUCACGGUCAACAUGCUCACAGUGCCCUCGCUGGACGUCAACAGUGUGAUCAAUGCCAACAACCCGAUUGCUUACCAGGCGGGCUCAUUCAUCGAAGGCUAUCUCACGCAGCUGGGCGUGCAGAAGCACAACAUGGUACCGCUCAACAGUGCAGAGGAGUAUAACAGUGCGCUGGUGACUGGGAGGGUGAAGGUGGUGGUGGAUGAGGAUCCGUAUUUGGACCUGCUGCGAGCAAACCACUGCAGCAUGGCGCAAGUCAGACAACCUUACUCCUUCCUCAGCAUGUCAUUCGCUUGUGGGAGUGGCAUCUGGGAGGGCAAGGGUGGUGGUGGACGAGGACCCUUACCAAACCCCUCCUCCUCCCUCGUCCCCUCCCCACCAAACCCCCCCUCCCUGCAUCCACCAUUCCCCCCCUCCCAGGCGUUCCAGAAGGGAUCCCAGCUGCGCAGAGACAUCUCAGCGGCGAUUCUCCACCUGACCAUGACAGGCGAGCUGGACCAGCUGCAGCAGGACUACCUGCUGGGAGGCACCAGGCUAUGUCCCGACACACUCAUGCCCGAGGCACCCGCGGUGCUGGCCAAUGAGAACUUCUGGGGGCUGUUUGUGGGGUAUGCCGUGGUGUCCCUCGCGUGCUGCCUGCUGUAUGUCGGACUGCUGGUGUUCCGCGGCGCCAUGGUUGCGAGGGAGCUGUCACGGCAGCAAGCCAAGUCAUACAGCACCGACAUGGUGGAAUUCGUUCCAGCAAAUCAGCCAGCGAAUCAGCCUGCGGAUCAGCCUGAAAAUCAGCCUGCACACGUGGCGCUUGCUCCUGCUGCGUCCUUCAAGCUUGACUCGCUAGAUCUUAUAGAGGAGCUUGGAGAUGAAGAGGAGGAUGAGGAUGAAGAUGAAAUUGAAGACGAUGAUGGGGAUAACUUAUACUCUGCCCAUCUGAAGGGUGACCAUGCUGAUGACGGAAAUGGUGGGGGUGGUGGGAAGGGGGUAAAACUCGUGAUGCCGGCAACACCCAAGGGGCGUGCUCGGGCAGAGGGUGUUGAAGCAGGGAUUCUCAACGCCCACAAAAGCCCCCAACCUCUUCACUUGCAGCAUCCCUCCUGUCCUUCCUGUCCUUCUUUGAGUGGAGCAAGGAACACCAUGCAAGCUCUGCUGCCUCUGCUCUCACCUCCUCUUCCUUAA